AAUCGGCCGAUCGGCUUCUUCCUUCCCUCUUUUCUCCCUUCUCCAACUCUACUUUCCCCCCUGAUAAGCUUCUUCCCGUUCCCCGAAUCUACCUUUCGAGCUUGAAUCCGCCAAAACAACCAAUGAGAUUUCCGUGACCCGACUCCCCCGAAUUCGACCUACACCGAUUCUACCUGAUUCAUCUGCAUUGUCGCACCCGAAAUAAUCAUGUCGCGACGAUACCAGAUCGAUGAGUUGCUUCAUCUGCGCUCAUCGCCUCUGGCUACCAAACCGGCUGGCUUACCGCCGGUUGAAGAUUGGAUGGGUCCAAUGCCCGACCCGACAACGCAACGAAAAACGUCCACAGUAACUCGAGAUCCGACGUCUCCAAAUGACACCACACCUCGACGACCGAGUCUGUUUGAGACUCGUCAUACCCCCCGUGGCUCCACUUCAGAGGACAUCAUCCUGGGACCGCCCAAGACCUCGUUUGCCUCGGCCUCCCGCAUCUCCGGUAAGGGGUUGGUCGACCCGACGGAGAGUCCGUCUCGCAUUUUUGAUACCGACGAAUCGAGAACCGAUCGCUUCAACCUUCGGGACAAGUUCCUCAGGGAGAGGAACACCGAGGACCGAGAUAUUGAUCGCCGCGACGGGAAACCGGUGACCUUGAAUGGCCGCCGGGUGGAGCGAGAAGAUUGGAAUAGCGCUCGGUCCCGUCGCACCUUCGGCCACGAGGAGCCGGAGCGGAAACCGAGACGCAACGGGGAAUUCGAUCGGUGGGAAGGCCGUGAUCUCAAUCGCGACCAAGACCAGCGCGGAGAGAAGGAUCCCCGAUUCUUGCCUCGUCGGGACGGCCAGCCCCCACGGGCUAGACACGAAGGCAGUUGGUUCCGCGAUGACAAGAACAACCAUCACCAUCACCAGCAGGAGGGUCCCGACGCGGACGAGGAGAAGCCCUCGGUGCGACAUCGGGAAUGGCGCCGGGGCGACAGGCAUGGUGCAGACCGCGAUUGGACUCGCGGGGCCAAGUUUGAGCAGGAACCCGAGUGGCUGACGGCAAAUGAAAAGGACGAGCCCCGCCGGGCGCAUACCCAGGAAGACUUUGAACGCUGGAAGGAGAAAAUGCGGGCCGGAUCUGCCCAGGUGCAUACUGAGGAGAAGAAACCGUCCGCGGCCGAACCCCUCACCCUCAACGCUCCAGAACAGAAGCCGGAGAAACGGCCCACGGACGGGGAGAUUUUCAGUAGCAGCGGCUUGCCGUUCCACGGCGAUGCAACCAUGGAGCGCUUCUUCGGAUUGCUCAGUGAGGGGAGACCCCAAGAACCUCCCACACCGUCGCCCGCGGAGGCUAUGACGAAGGAGAUGGCCCCUGCUCCUGCUCCCGCUCCUGCUCCUGCUCCUGCUCCUGCUCCUGCUCCCGCUCCUGUCCCUGCCGCUGCCCCGGCCCCAGCCCCCGCUCCGGCUGCGGCUGCGGCUGCAGCCGCGGCUUAUGCACUGCCCAAAGGCAAGUCGUCUCGCUUUGCUGGGUUGUUCAGCCCCCCUCCCGGAAGCCCGGCGAUGGAAGAGAGCGCCUCUCCGCUGGGACACCGGGCGUCUCCGGUCAACGCAUCCCCCAAAGACGCAGACCAGGAAGGCUUUCAGCGUAUCCUGGCAAUGCUGGGUGGAGGGGGGCUGGGUGGAGGCGGGCCCAAAUCCCGCAACGCAACGCCUCACAAUGACUACGCACAGGUCACCCGACCCUCUCCAAUGGUCGCGGCCGAACCUGCUUACGCCGCCAUUCCGUCUCCAUCGCGGGACCACAUGAACCGGGCCGACUACAUGCCGCGACAAGACGGUCCGAUGCGGGGUCCGGAUCCCGCCCUGAAGGACGCACUCUUCCCUCCGGAUCUUUCAGCCAAAGAUCCCCAGUCUCGGGAGCAUCUCUUGCGGUUAAUGCAGCAAGUCCGCGUCAGCCCCGGUGGGCCUCCGAGUCACGGUGCACAUGGUCCCCCGCCCACCGCUGGACCGCCCCCCGGGCUGUUGAACAUGGCUGAUGUCAUGCCGCACCCACCGGGCAUCCCGACGGCGCACAAGGGGCCCAGCUUCAUGGAUGACCCCGCGAUUGCCGAGCUCUCGCGACCGGAGGCGGAGCCGCUUCGACGCCGUCCGGCUAAUGGACCGCCGCCGCCCCCCAUGGGCUACUUUGAUGACAUUCCGUUCCCUCAAGGCAAUCAUCUGCCGAUGACACCUGGUGGAUCUCGCGCCCCUCAAGGUCAAGGUAUGCCUGCCAUGGGCAUCCAGCGGCCGCCCGGGUUUGAACAUAUGCCGCCCCCCGGAUGGGCGGGCCCCAGAUGCCGCCGCCGCCGCAACAGGGUGUCGGACCGGGUCCCUUGGGCCCUCCCCCGGGAAUCCCCACUCCGACGCGGGGGGUCAACCCGAACUACAUCGCGAACAUGAUGCCGAUGCCGGGU